UCUCCAUCUCUCCAUCUCUCCAUCCCCCUUAAUCGCCCAUCAUGAAGCUCCUCUAUCUCGGUAUCCUCCAAAAUGCCCAAGCCCCCGCCGUGGAGCUGUGCGCCGAGCGCGAGCUCAGCACCUACUCGCGCUUCACCAGGGGCAACAUCAGCGAGUUCAUGACCAUGUUCAGCAAGACGGUGGCGGAGCGGACGAAACAGGGCCAGAGACAGGAUAUCCAAGAGCAAGACUUCACAUUCCACGUCUACGCGCGCACCCAAGGCAUCGCCGGCGUCAUCAUCAGCGACAAUGAGUACCCCUCCCUGGCGGCCCAUCAGGUGCUCUCCAAGAUGCUCGACGAGUUCCUCUCCCUCAACCCCAACGCCGGCUCUUCGCGCGACCCUAUCCCCUUCCCUUCCCUCAAGACCUACAUCCAGUCCUACCAGGACCCCCACCAGGUGGAUAGCAUCCUGAAGAUCCAGAAGGAGCUGGACGAGACCAAGAUCGUUCUCCACAAGACCAUCGAGAGUGUCCUCGAGCGCGGGGAGAAGAUCGACGACCUCGUGUCCAAGUCGGAAGGCCUCAGCGCCCAGUCGAAGAUGUUCUACACCUCUGCGAAGAAGCAGAAUUCGUGCUGCGUGAUUAUGUGAGUGUCCCGCGGACACGGCGAUGAACGACGACGACAACACCACCACCACCAACAACAACGACAACAACGACAACAGCGACAACAUCAACAACAACCACAACCGGGGUGGCUGGGGAACGGGCACAUCAUCUUCUGCGGGGCUUUAUUUGGAAGCGUUCUGUUGCUACAGGCAUUCGUUUGUGGUUCUUGACCUUUUGUGUGACUUGCUUCGAUUUACGGUAGAUUAUAACACCUUAGCCCGAGCAAUGAAGUGGCUUUGCGAUCACGUGAUGCGGUCCGGUGGCUGGGGUGGCGCGGGUGAGGCAGUGUCGGGACAUGCUGUGUCACGUGUGUAUGUGUGCUAAGAAAAGGACGGCCUCGUCACGGCGGUGGAUCCAGAGGGGCCAUCUGCGGCCCUGCGGCCCUGCGAUCCUUAUCUCUGGGAUGCUCGGGGUGAUUGGCCCGCCCGGCUGUAAGUAUCUAAGUGUUAGACUUGGUUAUUGCAAAUCAUGGGGAG